CGGUGCGUGGUUCCGGGCUUCACAUGUGAUUUUCUCAAACCGCUGAAAACAUUGGAAGAAAGGAAAGAUGACGUCUCUGUCGCUGCAGUUGAAGCGUUUGGCUCUGCCUCAGACCGACCCAAACCUCUUCACCAGAAAACAUGUCGCCUCUUUAUUAUUCGAUCCCAAAGAGGCCGCCACCAUGGACCGGGCCAUCUUCUAUGCCCUGGGCUGUACAGGGCUGGAGGAGCUGUUGGGAAUCGAACCCUCGCUCUUGGAGUUCCAGCACACUCUGUUCAGUUCCUCCUCUGUGACUCUAGAGCGCAGUGUUCAGACCAAAGACAUAAACGCCAAACUGGAUCGGGACAUUUCUUUGUUUCUGAACCGAGUGUCUCCGUACUUCCUCCUCAAACCCACGCACAAGUGUCUGGAGUGGCUCAUCCACCGGUUCCAUAUCCACCUGUAUAACGUGGACAGUCUGAUCGCCUGCGUUCUCCCGUUUCACGAUUCCAAAGUUUUCGUCAGAGUGAUCCAGCUGCUGCAGUUAGAAGAGCCAACCAACAGGUGGAACUGGCUGCACUGUCUGCAGAAGCCUGGGGUCCCUCUGUCCAAACUGACUCUGGUGACUCACUGUCACAAAGACCUGGGCUUCAUGGACUUCAUCUGCAGCAUGGUCUCCAACUCCAUCCAGGCGUUCUCCGACUGCGAUGGCGGCGGCGGCUCUCAGCUCAGAGUCAUUUUCUCGUUUUUCGCCUCGACGAUUGUGUCGGCUCUGGACUCAACAGAAACUAUCAGUGACACCAUCAUCACCAAACUGCUGCCAUAUGUACAGAAGGGUCUUCGGUCCUCUCUUCAGGACUUCCGCGCCUCGUCCCUCAUGAUUCUGUGUCAGCUCUCAGUGAAGGUGGUGAUGGAGAAGGUCCUGGUCCAGUCUCUGUCCUUGGUCCUGUGCAAGUCCCUCAAAGACAAAGUCCUGGUCCGAGAAGGUCUGGGGGCUCUGAUAGUUCUGCUCCAAAACCAGGAACACGCCGGGCCUAAACACAAGGCUUUGUCUCGUUUGAUGUCGGCCCCAGACCUGGUUUCUUCUUUGGAGGCAAUGUCUCAAACUCAUGAUGUGUCUCCACUGCUGCGCCACCUGCUGCCUCACCUCAUGAACUGCACCUUCAGCUCAGGUGAUGGCACUGAUGCGUGUUCUUCGGCCGAGCUCCUACAAAACCUGCUCACAUGUGUCCCUCUGACCUCUAACCUCGACCUCACCUUGUCCCGUCUGCUGGUGGACCUGUACCUGUCUCAGUCCGGACUCUCACAGGAGGAACUUGAGGAAUUGAACCAGCGACUGCUCCCUGUUCUCCGGCUGCUCGAGGCUAAGUAUAACUCGUCUCUAGACCGGACCCUCGCUUCUCGUGUCUCUGACCUCAGCGAUGACCAAAAGCCUCUGUUCCAUCAGCUCCUAUCACUGUCUGCCACCAGCGGGAAGUUCCAGAUCGUCGGGGACACAGACACGUCUCUGCUGCUCAGUCUGAACCAUCCUCAGUCCUCCAUCCGCGUCAUGGCUCUGGAGAAACUCAAAGAUCUGAUCACGAGCGGCCAGGGAGCGUCUGUGGAUCAGGAGUUUCUGAAGUCGUCUGUGUUUGAGCGACUCCGGGAUGAUGAGCCCUCAGUGGUGUCUGCGGCUCUGGAACUACUACAGUUGUUGCUGGAGCGUUUCGACCCUGAGGACACAGUCUCGUCUCUGCUGUCGCUGCUGAACAGAGCUGAGGUUUUCUACUCUCAGGACUGGUGCCCCGUUCUCUCUGAAGCGGUGCGUUUACUGUCCGUACCCGCCCUGGUGCAGCCCGCCGUACCCGCCCCGGGGCAGCCUGUCGCAGACUCAGACCGGUUGUUCUUCAAGCUCCUUCCCCUCACGGUGCCUUCAGGGGCUGCGGACUCGGUUCAGUUUAAACUGGCUCUGAGUCUGUCCCAGUGUGCAGUGAUCCAACAGCACCCACUCACGGCAGGAUGGAGAUCAGACCUGGAGGAGGUGCUGCGGUCCGGUCCAGCCCAGGGUCCAGACCAGGUCUUGGUCCUCGUCCAGACUCUGGUCUCGAUUCUGAAUAGAAACCUGGAGAAUAUGGACACCUUCAUCAGGCGGCACACGCUGGACUCCCUGUGUUCCUGCGUGGAGCUCCUCUCUGAGUCUGGCUCUAGUCCAGACCGGACCCCGCUCCUGGUCCUAAUCCAGACUCUGGUCUUGGGUCUGAGGAAUCUAACAGACACCCACCACCUCCUCACAGCAAGACGCAUCUACAGACUGAUACAACAGCACCUGGAGGAGAGGCGCAAGGAGCUCAGCCAGGAGCCUGUGAGUGUCCCAGCCCUUGAUCCCGUCUCUUUCUCUGAUUGGGUGGGUCUGUACCUGCGGAAUAGUGACGGACAGGUGGAGUUCAGUCUGGUCCUCGUCUCAGUUCUGUCCCAGUUCAUCCAAGAACUCAAGAGUCCAGACCAGGCCUUCAAAGAUGAGGAGUGGUGGAACCCCGAGCAUCUGGACACUAACACCUGCUGUUACCUGGAGCUGCUCGCUCAGAUGCUGUGUCUUCUGAUGGGCGGGGCUUCAGACGGACCAAUCACAGCGCAGUACAGACCACUGCUGAAGCUCCUCUUUAAGGUGCACCUGGGUUCUCCACUGCUCGUCUUUCGUUUUCUGUCCCUGAUCUGGAGCUGCAACGCUCUCCAGGGCGACCAGUUGGAGGGGCGGGGCCAUGUGCAUCUGGGGCCGGUGCUUCAGAUGCAGGCGCUGCUCGUGGGCGCCGCCCUGCUGGAAAACCAGAGCUCAAAGCAACUACAGGAGGUGUUCCUGAAGACACCCGUUUUUCCAUCUGUUUUGGUCGCUCUCUCGUCUCCGCUGCGUGAUGUGCGGAGGGCGGGGCUUAGCGUGCUCAGGAGCCUAUCAGCGUGCGGCUCCUCUCCUUUUCAGCCAAUCGUGGAGCGGUUGUUGAGGACGGGGGAGGAGCUGGUGGCAGACUGCAGUUACCUGAGCUGUGCACUGGAGGCGCUGUACUCUGAAGACUCCGCCCACAAACCGGAAGUGAGCGGCGCCUACGGGAAGCUGCUCCAGAGUAUCCAAUCAGAACACUGCCCCUCCAGCACAGCCUGCGCCCUGCUGAGAGCGCUCUGCAACGUCCAUGGACAGGACGUGCUGUCCUUCCUCCUCCCCGCACUGGACCGGUUGCUCGCAACAGUUGGCCCAGAUUCACCGUCACUGCUCCCAGACGAGGCCCGGCUCCUCGCUCUGCUCCUGGGGAAGUUCAGCCCCGCAGCAGCGCCCCUACUGGUCACAGACGCACACUGCAGAGAGCUGUUCCUCAGAGCCAUAAAGACCAAACCCCACCAGAACCAGGGACCAAACAAGGAGCUGAGUGUCCAGAUGUGUGCGCUGGAGCAGAUCUCAAGGAGUUUCUUUUCCGCUCUGAACGAGGAAGUGCAGCAGCUCCUCCUGUCGGCCAUGUUUGACGUGUUGGAGGACAGCCCCGCCCCUCAGACGGCUCAGACAGUCGCUAGUGUCUUUAAGCAGCUGUCGUUGGACGCUGGUCUUGUGGCGUCUGAACUCUGUCCUCCUGAAAAACCCACAGCUGCAGUUUCAGUUCAACAAACGCGACGCAGUAAAAUCAUGUUAAAGAGUCGAAAGGCGGUGGACAGUGGCAGUAUUCCGUCUGUGGGGGGCGCCGUCUCGUGGCACAGAGUCACGCUGAUCCUGGAACUGCUGCAGCACAAAAAGAAGCUGAGCCGACCUCAGAGCCUGAUCCCUGCCCUGUGCACCCUCCUCCAGAGGCGUCUGGAGGCGUCUGUGGAGGACCAGGCCUCAGUGGAGUACACCAAGCAGUUGCUGCUCAGCGUCCUACUGAACAUGUGCAAAAAACUGUCCCCAGAUGGAGCGCCCAUCCCUCCAGACGUGUUGGACCCAGAGCGCCUCUCGGUGGAGCUAGUGGUGCAGUGCAUCCGAUCGUCUGAAAUGUCCCAAACUCAUCACCAGGCUCUGCUCCUGCUCAGUGCCCUGGCUCCUAUUUACCCGGAGAAGGUCUUGUUGAACAUUAUGCCGAUCUUCACGUUCAUGGGAGCAAACAUCUUGAGGUUGGACGACGCCUACAGCUUCAGAGUCAUCGAUAAAACUGUUCAGAUGGUCAUUCCCGCCAUCAUCAAGGCUCAAGACUGGUGUGGUCCAGACUCCCCUCAGAUUCACGUUGUGGUCACGAGGGUCGUGCACGUGUUUGUGGACGCUCUUCCUCACGUGCCUGAGCACCGCAGAGUCCCGGUCCUGGUCCAGCUCCUGACCACCAUCGGACCGGACCGCUUCCUCUGGGUCUUAUUGGGUCUACUCUUCAAGCAACAAAGUACUACAACUACUACUGCAAAUACUGCGGAGGAGAAGGACGCGGCUCUGGAGCGGGAUUGGGACUUGUGGGUCUCUGUGUGCUGUGAGUUUGGGGUUAAAGUCCAGAUCCAGUCCUUGGUCCAGGUCCUUGUUUUCCUGCAGCAGCUUCCUCACGACAAAGACGAAGUUCCAGAGAAGCGUGUGUCGGGUCGCAGAGCCGUGCAGAAGCCUGAGGCGCAGCAGGAGAAGAUGGAGGAUCUGAUCUUUAACGUCGAGACUCACUCCAGCAAAGAGCUCCGCCAUUUUAAAUAUUUGAGUGUGACCUUCUGCGCUCACCUUCUGGGGUCAAACCGCUUCAUACAGAAGAUGCUGGAGCUGGGGCAGAGCGGAGCAGCAGAUCAGAGUCUACAGCAGCAGCAGCAGCGGCUCCUGGAGGAGAUCCUGCGCUUCAUCCACGCGGUGGCUCAGUGCGUCGAGCUGAACUCGGACAAACCCACAGCCAAGUUCUGGAGAGUGCUCCUCAACAAGACCUACGAGCUCCUGGACAAGGUGCACGCACUGCUGCCUUCUGAUUCGUUCAUCACUGUGACCCGGGGGCUGAUGGCAAAUGAAGUCGCUAAUGUUCGACGGAAAGCUCUGGAACUACUCAACAACAAACUGCAGCAGAAGACCAGCUGGGAGCCACAGCAGGUCUCCCUCCUCCUCUCACUCCUCCCUGACCUCCUGACCUGCGUGACCUCCUCUGACCCCGCGGUGAACCGUCAGACCGCUCUCUUCUCGCUGAAGCUUCUUUGUCGUCUUUUCGGUUCCUCUGAACCUCAGUCGUUCGCUCCCGUGAUGGAGGCCGCUGUGGCUAUUGUCACCGAGACGGAGGAGGACCGGAACAUCAUGGCAACGGCGCUGCAGUGCGUCGCCGAGUGCAUCACGGCUAUGAAGGCGCUCGCCGUCCCCCAUCUGCCCAGCCUGGUCCCUGCAGUGCUAACCACUCUGACAGACCGGAAAGACUGUCUCUCCUCUGAAAUCUACCUCCUGAGCUCCGUCACCGCUCUGCACCGGAUCACUGAGACCCUCCACUGCUUCACCAGCCCCUACCUGCAAGACAUGAUAGAGCAGGUGUGUCGUCUCUCGCGUCUGGCUGAAGUCUCCGCCCCUUCUCCACACCUCGCCGUUCGAUUGACGGCACUUCGUUUGACCAUAGCGACCAAAGUCCCGCCCAGAGUCCUGUUACCCACGGUUACCAAGUGCUACGCCAGACUGGUGCAGGACCAGAAGAACCAGCUGGUGGCGCUCAUGAGCAUCCUGCAGGAGCACAUCGGCCACAUGGACAGAGAUCAGCUGACCCUCCACCAAUCAGAGCUCACCACUUUCUUCCUGACUGCGCUGGACUUCAGAGCCAUGCACUGCCAGGAGGACCUGGAGAAGGCUCAGAAGGUGGAGGGAGCAGUGAUCGACUGUCUCCUCGCUCUGGUGCUCAAGCUCUCUGAGGUCACCUUCAGACCUCUGUUCUUCAAGUUGUUGGAGUGGAGCAGGAGUGCCCCUUCUGGGCAGAAGGAGCGGGUGCUCACGUUGGUGCGUCUGUGCGAUGCUGUUGCUCUCAGGCUCAAAGGGCUCUUUGUCCUGUUCUCAGGGAACCUCCUCCCACUGUUCUGUGACCUCCUGACCCUGAAGAGCAGUCAGGCUCCUCUGUUCCAGUUGGAGGAGAAGACUUCUCUGUUGGUCUCGUUGGUUCUGGACUGUCUCCAUAAGAUCUGCCUCUACGACACACACAAGUUCCUGAGCCGCGAGAGAGCCGAGGCCCUGAUGACUCCUCUGGUUGACCAGCUGGAGAACCUCCAGGGCGGGGAGGGAGAGUACCAGCGCAGAGUGGCCCAGAGUCUGGUGCCGUGUCUGGGGCAGUUUGCUGUGGCUCUGGCUGAUGAUUCUCAGUGGAAGUCCCUCAACUACCAGGUCCUACUGAAGACCAGGCACACAGACCACAAGGUGCGUCUCUCCGCUCUGGCCUCUCUCCUCGAGCUAUGUUCCAAACUCAGAGAGAAUUACCUGGUGCUGCUCCCAGAGACUGUGCCCUUCCUGGCGGAGCUCAUGGAGGAUGAGAACGAGGAGGUGGAGAAGGAGGUGCAGCGGGUGGUGCAGGAGAUGGAGAAUGUGCUCGGAGAACCUCUACAGACCUACUUCUGAAGAACCUACAAAAGAACCUACAAAAAAAAACCUACAGAUGAACAUGCAGAACUGCAGAAAUGAAUCAUAAAUAAAUAAUCACAUUAUU